UACAGAAAAGCAAUUUUAAACCAUAAUUAAAAUGUAAUAAAAUUUCAAAAAAUAAACCUAAAUAACCCAGAAAAAACUUUAGUGAUGAAAAUAUAUAAUGGAAACCACUAACAUAAUGUCAUUACAAAAAAACCUUUAAAAACCCCGCAAAACCACAAAAAACCGCUAGCAAAUAAAAAUUAAAUCAGCAAAUUUUUCACCAAAAAAUAGGCAAAAAAUGUAUAUAGAAAAAAUUAAAUUGUGUUUAAAAUUAUAUAAUGUAAUAAAACCAAUUAUAAUAUAAAAAGAAAAACCACAAAUAAAAUUAAUUUAGAAAAAACCAUACUCGCACACAAAAACCAACCAGAAUGUCAUAAAAUUGUACGAGCAUAAAUUAAAAAUAUAAAUAAAUUCAAAUAAAAGCAAUGGCUAAAACAGAAAAUGAAAGUGAAUUACUAACUUCCUUGGCAACAACAACUACUACCGCUGGUUUUUGUACAAAAACUACUACUCCAAUUAUUAAGCAACAGACAACCCGCCUCGUUUCCUUAAACUCACACACUUACAGCUCCACUAUUACAACUAUAGACAACACCAGCACCAACGCUCUUAACAGUCCUCACUCCAUUAACAAACAGCAACGCCGACCACAUAAUAGAAAAAUGAAACGGAAACGUAAAAUACCGGAAAUUUCAUGGCUAAUUGUUGCAAUUUGCCUUAAUUGUUAUGUUAUAUUUAGUGUUACAGCUUUAGCUACUGAGAAAAUAACAAACACAAAUUUAACUACUAUCAGCAAUACAAAUAUAAACAUCACUACUACUAUUCCCUAUUUAAAGCAUACUUUUAGUAGCGCCAACACAAAUACUCUUGCCUCGCAUAAUCAACGUCAUAUACGUGCCGCGUCCGCACACUCACAAGAUGACCAUCAUAUAGAUUUAGAUGAUGUGGAUCAUAUUAUGGCCCAUCAUAUUAAUCAUCAUACAGAUUUAGUGGAUGCGGAUGAUAUGUAUUUACAUAAUAUGGACAAUAUUGGUUAUCAUCAUACAGGCAGUCUGCUACCUCACGAAUUACCGGAACAUGAUCAUAUAGCACAUCAUCUGG